GAGGCCGGGCACUGCGGCCCCCGGGCCAGGGUGACCAGUAGCGCCGAAGCCUAGGUGGCGGCUUGGGGCGGGGCUGGCCGAGACUGGAGGAAGGAGUUGGUGCUGCAGGAUGGCGGCGACCGCAUAUGAACAUCUGAAGCUGCACACCACAUCUGAAAAAUUUUAUGUGGAAGCUUGUGAUGAUGGAGCAGAUGAAGUGCUCACCAUCGACCGCGUGUCCACAGAGAUGACCCUCCUAGCCAAGAAAGAUGUUCCUCCUUCAGCUGUCACACGACCAAUAUUUGGUAUAUUGGGCACAAUCCAUCUGGUGGCAGGUAACUAUCUUAUUGUCAUUACCAAAAAGGCAAAAAUAGGUGAAUUUUUCAAUCAUGUAAUCUGGAAAGCUACAGAUUUUGAUAUCCUUUCUUAUAAGAAGACAAUGCUGCACUUAACUGAUAUUCAGUUGCAAGAUAAUAAAACUUUCCUAGCAAUGAUAAACCAUGUCUUGAAUGUAGAUGGAUUUUAUUUUUCGACAACAUAUGAUUUGACUCACACUUUGCAACGACUGUCCAACACGAGCCCAGAAUUCCAAGAAAUGAGUCUUUCAGAAAGGGCAGAUCAGAGGUUUGUGUGGAAUGGUCAUCUCCUGAGAGAACUUUCCGCUCAGCCAGAGGUUCACCGGUUUGCGCUCCCAGUGCUGCACGGCUUCAUCACUAUGCACUCAUGUUCUAUCAAUGGAAAAUACUUUGAUUGGAUUCUCAUCUCAAGAAGGAGUUGUUUCAGAGCCGGUGUGCGCUAUUAUGUAAGAGGAAUCGAUUCUGAAGGCCACGCGGCUAACUUCGUAGAAACAGAGCAGAUCGUGCACUACGGUGGGAGCAAGGCCUCGUUCGUGCAGACACGAGGAUCAAUGCCGUUUUUCUGGUCCCAGAGACCAAACCUCAAGUACAAACCACGGCCACAGAUCAGCAAAGUAGCAAAUCAUCUGGAUGGUUUCCAAAGACAUUUUGAUUCACAAGUGAUUAUUUAUGGAAAGCAGGUGAUACUUAAUCUGGUUAACCAGAAGGGCUCAGAGAAGCCACUUGAGCAGACAUUUGCAUCGAUGGUGUCUUCUUUGGGAAGUGGAAUGAUCAGAUACAUUGCCUUUGACUUCCAUAAGGAAUGUAAAAAUAUGAGAUGGGAUCGGCUCAGCCUUUUACUGGAUAAAGUAGCAGAAAUGCAAGAUGAAUUAAGUUAUUUUCUAGUGGACGCUGCUGGCAAGGUGGUGGCAAACCAGGAAGGUGUGUUCCGCAGCAACUGCAUGGAUUGCCUGGACAGGACCAACGUGAUCCAGAGUCUGCUGGCUCGCCGCUCGCUGCAGGCCCAGCUGCAGAGACUGGGAGUUUUGCAUGUGGGACAAAAGCUUGAAGAACAAGAUGAAUUUGAGAAGAUUUACAAAAAUGCAUGGGCUGAUAAUGCAAACGCCUGUGCCAAACAGUAUGCAGGAACUGGUGCCUUGAAGACUGACUUUACCAGAACCGGGAAGAGAACUCAGCUGGGACUCAUAAUGGACGGCUGGAACUCACUAAUACGAUAUUACAAGAACAACUUUUCCGAUGGAUUUAGACAGGAUUCCAUCGAUUUGUUCCUUGGGAACUACUCAGUGGAUGAAGUAGAAGCACAUAGUCCUUUGAGUGUUCCAAAGGAUUGGAAAUUCCUGGCUUUGCCUAUCAUCAUGGUGGUUGCCUUUUCAAUGUGCAUUAUCUGUUUGCUGAUGGCUGGUGAUACGUGGACAGAAACGCUGGCCUAUGUGCUCUUCUGGGCUGUCGCAAGCAUGGGAACAUUCUUCAUCAUCCUCUACAAUGGCAAGGAUUUUGUUGAUGCCCCCAGACUGGUCCAGAAAGAAAAGAUAGACUGAAUUUGUGUCUGUGGAAAGCGGCU